CCUUUUCCGCGCCACCAUGUUUGAAUGGGAAGUCCAAGAUGGCUGAAAGCAGAGGCAGGUGGUGCGUGCCCUGCUUAGCAUCACUCGAGAUUCUCCAGGAACUGUGUCGAGUCGAGAAGCUGACCUGCCCUGCCCUUGGAAUUGACAAGAGAAAUCUUGAAGAAUAUGAAGUGGAGUAUCUGUGUGGGUAUAAGAAAGUAAAGCGUAAAGAGUACUAUCUGGUGAAGUGGAAAGGAUGGCCUGAGUCAACAAACACCUGGGAACCAAGGAAAAAUCUCCGAUGUGUUGGACUUGUGAAGCAGUAUCAUGAUGAUAGGAGCAAAUUCUUGGAAAAAGUGAAAGUAGCAAAAAAGCUAAAGUUCAACAACUGCAAAGAUUACAAAUCUGAAAUUGAAGAGUGUAUUAUCAGGAAAUCCAAACAAAGAUUAGCGCUCAAAAGAUGGGAAGAGGAGCUGAACAGAAAGAAGAAUCAUAGAGGUAAAAUACUGGUGGAAAAUGAAGUGGAUUUUGAGCCUCCCCCUAUGGACUUCCAUUACAUUAAUCAAUACAAACCAUCUCAUGGAAUCAACUUAAACAGUGACCCUUUGAUUGGCUGUGAGUGUUUAAACUGUUUGGAGGAGAAAUGUUGUCCAGAGGAAGCUGGAGCGACAUUUGCUUACAAUGCACGACGGCAGCUAAAGAUUGCCCCAGGCAAACCCAUUUUCGAAUGCAAUUCUUGCUGCAGUUGUGGAUCUCAAUGUCCAAACAGAGUGGUACAGAAUGGGACGCUAUAUGAUCUCUGCAUCUUCAGAACUUCGGAUGGAAGAGGUUGGGGCAUAAAAACCCUCCAAAAUAUUAAGAAGAAUUGUUUUGUAAUGGAAUAUGUUGGAGAGGUAAUCACUAGCGAAGAAGCAGAAAGACGAGGGAAAUAUUACGACAGUAAAGGCAUCACUUACUUGUUUGACCUGGAUUACGUGGAGGAUGAAUACACUGUAGAUGCUGCAAGAUUUGGAAAUAUUUCGCACUUUGUGAAUCACAGUUGUGAUCCCAAUCUUCAAGUUUACAAUGUUUUUAUCGAUAGUUUGGAUACUCGCUUCCCGAGGAUUGCACUAUUCUCAACGCGUUCUAUAAAAGUUGGGGAAGAACUUACCUUUGACUAUCAGAUGAAAGGUUCGGGUGAUGUAUCCAUUACUGAAACCUCUGAAGUCAACAGCCCACCCAAAAGGCAGCCCAGGAUGGAAUGCAAGUGUGGAUCCCUAUCCUGCAGAGGAUAUAUGAACUGAUAUUUGCAAAGAAAAUUGUUUUUUUUUUUGUUUUUAGAUAGAAUUGUGUUUUUUUUCUUGUAUCCUGAUUCCAUCAACGCUUUGGAUGAUGACCCUUGGGAAAGUUGAAAUAAGCAGCAUCCAUGUACACUUGGUGGAGAUGCAGAUCUAUGGGACGGCUUCCUUGGGAGAAAUAAUUGUUUGCCUUUUGCAUCAAAUCAUUGAUACUGUUUGUAACCUGAAUACAAGUGGUCACUGACCAACACUGUUGCAAUGCUCUUAAUGCAGCACACCCUGUUUUAGCAGAGCACUCUCCACCCUCUUCAUUUUUUUUUGGAAAGGACAAUUUUAUUCCAGUACGUCCUCCCACCUUUUUCCAUGGAUUUACGUCUUUGGGUUUCAGUUGAGUGAAUGUAGCUAUUGUUCAGACACACACAUUCUAGAUGUAUCAGCAAAGAUUCUCUGCAUUCCCCUUUUGUAUAUAGUGAAGAUAAUGCCCUCUGAAGUGGCUUCCGUAUAAUCUUUGUGCUACCAUGAGUGUUGAUUAUGCCUAAUUAUUUAAUACCUCUGUAAUACCAAGGAGAGUGAGCAUAUUCAGACUCAAAGUAAGCAACAAGAGUGUGUACAUUUUGGAUGAAGGAUAGCCAUAAUAAUGGGGCAAGUUACAUUAAUAAUUUGUAAGGUUACACCCCAAAAUUAAGCAAGACCUGAGUCCUUUGUAAUCUUUUUAUGAGCUUGUUUUAAAUGUCUGUUUUGAGAUUGUCACAUAUUUAAACCUUUAAUAGUACCUUUACAGAAAUUUGAAUAUUUUCUUACUUUAUGCUAAAUAUUGCAGCACUAUUAAACAUUAGUUGCAAAAUUGCUCUGAGAGUAGUAGGCAGUCAAUUAUAGAUUCACAUAAACACAACAAAAUGUGCUGUGGGAAAAACAGAUGAGUUUUGAGUCUGAUGUGCCUCUACUUUGGAAUCCUUUUUAUUUUAAUACAAGCAUGGAUUUCCUUUAAGAAAUUGAACUAUUGUUCAAGCUGUAAUCACAGCUGGUAUUACUUUCUUUACCCAGCUUGUGUUUGUGUGUGCUGCUCCUAAAUACAUUAGACAGCUGGAGUGAUUGUUCUACAGCAUGGAGCUGGUGUAGUGAGCUCCCUCUACCCCAUUACUCAAGAUAUAGGUGCAGAAUUACUCUGCCAUGCGAUCAUUGUUGAUACAUUUCUGUUUAGGCUACCAAGGAAAAAGAAGCUGAAAUUGAUAUUUUUCUUUACUUUUGUAGGUUUAGUACUUUAAAUACAAUUUAGGGAAAAUCUGUAAAGAUACUGUUGCUUUGAUGAGAUUUCAUCCAAAGAUUUUGCAAUGAGUGUCUUUAGAGGAUUUGUUUUGAUGCUUUUUUAAAAAAAAAAUGCUUCAAGUCAUAACUACUGUGCUUGAGGGAGUGCUCUCCUUAAAACAGUAGUAAUUUACAUUUGCAGCCUGAAUUUGAGUAAAACAUGGAACGUCAAAGAAGCAUUACAUUGUGAGCAGGUAAAAGCAAGUUCCAGAUUCAAUUGUAGUUUGAGUGACAACCCAAGUUUAAAAAGUUCCAGCCAGAAAUUUAUGUCUUUGUUUUUGGUGUAAGCUCAGUAGCAGUCCUAUUGGUAAUGAAACAGUGAUUCACGGUAAUCUAGUUACAGUUUAGUCCAAGGCUUGCCACGAAGGCACCAGAGUGUGGUGUGAGCAUGCAAGUUUAAAGGUGGUUUCAGUCCGUGCAGUUAGCCUUUUUUUAACCUGAUUUUUAAAAGUGAAACUCUGCUCAGUCAUCGCUCAGUGGGAUGGAUGAUAUUGUUAGCCAGAUUCCCACUAAGCAAUGUUAAUUGUACUGAGGAUUCCUGCCUUACUUAGAGGUGUCCAAACCAUCAUAAAUGAGCUGAAUGUAAUUUGAGGUGAUCUGAAGCAGUUCCUCAGUGGACACAGGAUAUACUGCACUCCAGCCCAAAAAACAAAUCACCCCUUUGAACUGAAAGCUGCUUGAGUGUCAUGUUUUGGUGCAAUGAUGCAACAUUUUAAAAUCAAUCUACUUGGUAAAUUAAAGUUUUUUUUAAACUUACAAGGUGGAGACUCCUAUUUAACAAAAGGGGAAUUGGUGGAUGACCCUCUGGCUUUAGGCUAUCAAGAAAAUAAAGUUGAAAUGGAUAUAUUUUUCUUUACUUUUGUAGGAUUGUUUCAAGUCUUGUAUACCUCUUUAUACUGAGCUGUGAAUUGAAAACUGGUGCUGUAUGACAUGUUUGCUCAAAGAAUGAAUAAAUGUCAAUGUUUCAA